GUUGGCUAUUAACAUAGACUAUAUAGGCAUAUAACCCUAUAAAUAUACAAUAUAGCGUAAUUAAGUGAAAACGGGUGGCAAGUAUUAAUCUCGUGGUUAAGUCGGAGAAGGGCAAAAGUACAAUGUAGCAUGCAAAAAAUAUUGUACAGAGACGGUAGGCUACUCUUAUUUCCAUCAAAAGGCGGCAUUGAACCGUCUUUGAAUUGUCAUAUAACCACAAAGUGAGCUCCUCGUUAGUGUCCGUGACGGCUCGUCAGGUUUGAUUAAUGAUUUUGCGACAGUUCGGUUUGGAGUGAAAGUCUUACAGCCUGUUGAACGUGAGAGAUCUCAUCCUUGAGGCACCUCCCAUCCUUUUUAGAGAGAACGGUAAGAUGCUUUGCUACAUGAUGAUGCCACUGCCAUGUUUAGAAAGGGUGGUUACCUAAGUGAUGGAUGGGGAGUUGGAACCCAGAGCAGAUGCAGAGGAGGCCUUAAGGAAGGAGGUGGAGCCCAUGGAAGCCACACCUUCAACAGAUCUGUCCUCAGAUGGGCAGCAUCAAGGUGGAGCUGGUGCCGUGACAACAGACUUACCCAAGGCUCCAGAGGAUAAUGAUGAUGAUGUUGUGCUAGUAGAGGGGCCUCCUGCACACUCUCAAGGGGGAACACAGCCGCCAACCCCCUCUGACACCCCCACACCUGUCGAGACCCUUGCUGCUGCCAAAACCACAGACUGUGUGGAGUCAGCUACCACAGCAACAGCAUCCUCCAAAGCUCCCACUCCUCCCUCCUCUGCAGCUGCUGCUGCCUCUGCGGCAGCCGUUACCACGGCGCUCAAAAGCCAGAGCGAGCCCAUUGUUAUAGACGAUGAGGAAGAUUCUGAACACAGAGGAUCUUCCUCGCUGGUGGUCCGUGAGACCAGGGGUGCCUUGAGUAGCACAGAACCUGACUCAGAAAUCAAAAUUGCCAGUGUUACCACAUUAGGAGUGGCAUGUUCAUCAGAGGUUGCCAUGUCAACCUCAACAGGAACAUCCGUAGCCCCGUGUACACAGGAGGGUAUGAACCUAAAAAUCACAAGUGUGACAUCGUUGAAGGGGGAUGGUGGAGCAGACUCUGGCAUGGAAGAGGUGGAGACAGCAGAAAACGGCUUACAGAUCAGCAGUGCAUUCAGCCUGAACCUCGAGGCCCAGCAGAGCCAAGGAUCAGCCAGCAGACCUUCACCCACUUUCAACCCAGGACGCGUUAGCUCAGCCACCCAGCCAGUUCAAAAUGGAGAGACGGGGACCCACCAGAGAUCUGAUUCUUGGAUCUCCCAGUCAGCAUCUUUUCCUCGUAAUCAGAAACAGCCAGGGGUGGACUCUCCCUCUCCUGCAGCCUCUCUUCCCAAACCUCCUGGUCAGUCCUCCACAGGGUCCCAACAACCCACGCGUACCAUGAAGGUCACCUGCGCUAACUGUAAGAAGCCUUUAAAGAAAGGCCAAACAGCCUAUCAGCGCAAAGGCUCCUCCCACCUGUUCUGCUCCACCACCUGCCUCUCUGCCUUCUCCCAUAAGCCCACGCCCAGGAAGAGCUGCACCAUGUGCAAGAAGGACAUUACUAGUAUGAAAGGAACAAUUGUGGCUCAGGUGGACUCAAGUGAAUCAUUUCAGGAGUUUUGCAGCACCGGCUGCCUGGGUGCAUAUGAAAAUAAACAGAAUCCCCCGAAGAACGCUCUCAAAACCAAGUGCACUGUCUGCGGAAAGCUCACAGAGAUUCGACAUGAGGUUAGCUUCAAAAACGUUACCCAUAAGAUCUGCAGUGACGCCUGCUUUAACCGUUACCGUAUGGCUAAUGGGCUCAUCAUGAACUGUUGUGAGCAGUGUGGGAACUACCUGCCCAGUCGUGCUACAGCAAAUCACUUCUUACUUAUUGAUGGGCAACAGAAGCGGUUCUGCUGUCAAAACUGUGUCAGGGACUACAAGCAGACACAUGGAAAGAUGACGCAGUGUAGUGGCUGUAAAGUGAUGUGCAGGUCAUUUGAUGUCACGCAUGGAAUUGGACCCAGUGGAAUCAUGGAGCCGUAUUGUUCUGCAGCUUGUCUGACUAAAAGCAAAGUUGCCGCUGUUGCUCAGAUUGCUGAGCCCUCUUGUCAUUUCUGUAAAAGAAAUGCAUUACCUCAGUAUCAGGCAACACUGCCUGAAGGGAAAGUCUUAAACUUCUGCAGCUCUCAGUGUGUCACAAAAUUCCAGAGUGCCACUAUUCAAACAUCAGCCAAUGGUCAGCUUCCUGCCUCAGCUUCCAGCAAUGUACAGCUGAAAUGCAACUACUGCCGAGGCUCUUUCAGUCUAAAGCCAGAGAUUCUGGAAUGGGAGGAUAAAGUGUACCAGUUCUGCAGUAAGACAUGUUGUGAGGAUUAUAAGAAGCUCCACUGUAUUGUCACCUUCUGCGAGUAUUGUCAGGAGGAGAAGACGCUUCACGAGACAGUCAAAUUCUCAGGGGUCAAAAGACCCUUCUGUAGUGAAGGUUGCAAGCUAUUGUUCAAGCAGGACUUUGCACGUCGUCUAGGCCUGAAGUGUGUUACCUGUAAUCACUGCACGCAGAUGUGCAAGAAAUCUAUUACCAAACAGAUAGACGGGGUCAGCAGGGACUUCUGCAGUGAGGCCUGUGCAAAGAAGUUUCACGAGUGGUACUACAAGGCGGCACGCUGCGACUGCUGUAAGGUACAGGGGAACCUAACAGAGUCUGUGCAGUGGCGUGCAGAGAUGAAGCACUUUUGUGAUCAGCAGUGUCUCCUCCGCUUUUAUUGCCAACAAAAUCAGCCAAAUAUGGCAACACAGAAAGGCCCUGAAAACAUAGCUUUAGGACUUGGAGGACAGACUCAUCCGUCUAAGCUUACGUUGAUUAAUCAGGGACCUGUGUCAUAUGCCGGAGGAGGGAUCCCUAAAGAUGUGAAAAACAAAGCUGUGCUUUGUAAACCCCUCACUAUGACUAAGGCAACCUAUUGCAAGCCUCAUAUGCAGAGCAAACCACUGCAGACAGAAGAGGAAGGUUUGGAGGGCUUGGUGAAGGAGUACGUCCCUGUCCCAAUACCUGUUCCUGUUUAUGUCCCAUUACCCAUGAAUCUCUAUGCUCAGACCACACCCACACCUGUUCCAAUACCUGUACCGGUGCCUGUGCCAGUGUUCCUGCCCACUACACUACAGAGUGCUGAGCAGAUUGUCAAGACCAUCAAUGAGCUCAAAGCUAAUUUCCCCCCUGAUCCUCUGGAGGCUGACUUGCUAGCUAUGGCUGAAAUGAUCACAGAGGAUGAAAAGAAACCUGACUGCUCUGAUAUCAAAUGUGAAAAGAAAAGUGGUGCAGUGAAAAGAGAGAGAGUAAAGAGCGAGAGUGGUGGCAGCAGUUCAGAAGAAGAGGAAGAGGAGGAAGAUAAGUACGACCCAGACCUGGACCUGGAAAACGACUUUUCUCUAGCCUCAGAGCCUGUACCUGUGCUGGAGGGUCUGGAUGCAGAGAUGGGUUUCAUGCUGCCCCCUGUCCUUGCUGAGGAGAAAGAUGAGACCCCCCGCCCAAGAACCAGGAGAAGGGGCAACAAGCGACGAGCUGUGGAAGAGGAGUCCUCACCAGCUUCCUCCUUAUCAGCAGACCACACUGCAGCAGAUGGCUCCUUCCCCCUCACUUCUAGGUAUAGCCUUAAUGCCUGGAGAAGGUGGACAGCAUCAUCAGCUGCACAGCCCACUGGCCUGAAAGGGAAAGACUCCCUCAAACAAGUGACUCCAGCUCGAUUGAAAGGCAGUCUCCUCUCUCUGAGCUCAGCAGAGCUGAACCAGGCUCUGGCUAAAUUCGUCAAAGAAGUGCGUCGCCCCAACGGGGAGCGCUAUGCUCCAGAUAGCAUUCUCUACCUUUGCCUCGGCCUCCAGAAGCAUUUGCAGGACAAAGGAAGAACAGAUGACCUCUUCAAUGACUCCUGCUACCAAAUGUUUGGAGAAGAGCUUAAUAAGGUUCUGAAAGACUGGCAACCCAGUGUUCUUCCUGAUGGUUCUCUGUGGGGUCGCGUAGAAGAGCUGUGCCUGUGGAGCAGCCAGCAGCUGGGAGAGUAUUCCCCUUCUGUUCUUCUGCGCUCGCUUGUCUAUCUAAACACUAAAUACUUUGGCCUGCGCACUGUCGAGCAGCACUUGCGCCUCUCUUUUGGCAAUGUCUACGGCCCCAGCACUUCCAAACCUCACAGUCACGAGACCACAGUCUGUAUACGCAUCCCCUCCAUCUCACAGGAUCAGCAUGAAUCAACAGGAAGUAAGAGGAGACGUAAAGAGGGUAGUGAUUCAAACUUUGAGCUGGACGAUGGUUCGGGAGACCACACUCGCUGUCCUGUUAAGAAACCAGAGUGUCGCUUGUAUGAGUUGUAUCUGUCUAAGUGCCCAGAGUCUGUUAGGCAAAGGACAGAUUUUUUCUAUGUGAAGCCAGACGUCUCCUGCACAUCAGACAGUCCGUUGUGGUUCAGCUCAACUCCUCUAGAAAAGUGUGUCCUAGAGGGCCUCCUAACUCAAGUCCUGCUAGUGAAAGACAUCUACAGAGAGAGUGCCCGUGAAGAGGAGGGUAUUUAAGGCUGGAUAAACUGAGGACUCCUACGCCACCAUAGCACCCUCUGCAUUACAUAACUUCACUGUCCCUUUAAACACACUGAUCCCAGUACAGCUAUAAGCAAAGAGAAUACUGUACGUCAGGUCUUGAAGAGGUUUAAGGCCUAAUGCUGAUUUCUACAUCAGUGGUUCCAGAAGUCUUAGGACCAUGGAAGCGGUGCUUUACAUGAAGAGCGACCCAUAGACUGCUGCUUUUGUUUUUUCUUUUCAUUUCAUUUGUUAGGAAUUGCGUGUAUGUGAUGUAGCAUUACUUACGAUGCCCAGAUUGGGCUGCUGUGGUUUGUAAAUAUUUCUGAAAGUAGUGGGUUAGAGAGAAGUGGAGAGUGUGUGCGUUAAACAACAAGCUGAAAUACUAUAAAUAAACAAAAAGAAAAAAAUCAUCCUGGACACGAACCCAUGAAAGCCUUCUUAAGAUAAAAUAUUUAUUUAUUGCGGAUUGUGAUUGAUUGUCAGGUCCUUUUUGAGAGGACAGUGUGUGUGUUUGUGUGUGUGUGUGUGUGUGUGUGUGUGUGUGUGUAUGUAUGUGUGUGUGUGGACGCUGUGCCAUUUCUCUCACCUUCUUGAAGAGCAUUAAAACCUGCUGCAGCCCUGGAUCGCCCAUCCGUGUCUGUCUCUAUCUCUCUCUUUUGGAGUUUGGGUGGACUGCAGAUCAGGUUUAUAUGAAGCAGGGUUUUUUGUUGGUAUUGAACCUACUGGUGUUAAGCUAUUCUUUUCAACAGUCAGUUAUCAGUCAGUUUUUAUUUUUAUUCCCAAUGUGAUUUUAUUUUUCCCCUCCUAUCUUUUUGACUUUUGGCUGUUUCUUUGUUUCAUUUGAAAUAAACAAAGCACUUCUCAAAAAGUGCAAUGUUGAUUCACA